GUGGGUAGAGUCUGCUUGAUACUUGUUUAUCUCUCUAUAUCCAUUCAUUCUUUAUAUUGGGCUCAAUCUUUCAAGAUACUUGACAACGCAGCGACAGCCAUGUCCGAAGACGAAGUCCUCCUUAGAUCGUUCAGCAAUGAUGACUUCGUAGAUGGACUUGCCGAACCUCUCAAUGGGUCACAAAACCUCCAACUGACUGCGCGACCUCCGUUUCUGUCUAGACUACCCUUUUCCUCUUUAAUAUCCAAUUUCUGUAUUUUCCUGAUAAACUGUCAACAUGCACAUUGCAAUGCGCAGCCCCGCUCACCCAGGGCCAUAAUCUGCCGAUAUGUGAAACGACCAUUCUGGGGGCUGGUCGUGCUAUUAGGGUUACUAAACGUCUUCUCCAUCGGCCUAAAUUGCAUUUACAUUCUUUUCCCCGAGGAUUUCGACGAUCAAACUGACGCUUGGCUUCUUCCCAAUAACCGUUUAGCGAUAUCGUCAGACUGGGACAGACCCGGAACCCCCCUCAGCAGAUGCCAUUCUCAUAACGACUACUGGCGGGACGUUCCCCUAAAGUCGGCACUCCUUGCUGGCUGCAUUGGUGUCGAAGCAGACAUCUGGUUGUCAGACGGAGACUUGCUUGUCGGUCACAAUGCGUUUGUGCUUAACCGCCAUGAGACUCUACGUGCCUUGUAUCUCAAUCCAUUAUUGGAUAUUUUACAUCAGCGUAACACUCGGAAAAAUACGCUGAACUUACCGGAUAAUUUUGACGCCCCUUUUCCAAUGGCCGGUGUGUUUGCUUCGGACCCGGCUCAGACUUUAGUCUUACUGAUCGACUUCAAGACGGACGGCGACAAACUCUGGCCUUACGUUAUGGACCAAUUGGAACCGCUACGUGAAUCAGGAUUUCUAUCGUACUUUAACGGGACUGUUAUCCAUGAAAGACCCAUCACCGUUGUUGCCACAGGCGACGCCCCCGUACACCAAAUCAUUAAAAAUGAUACAUACCGCGACAUCUUCUACGAUGCUCCAUUGGACAAACUUCCUCUAUCGCCGUCACUCAACCAGGACUCGCUAUCACCGAAGUAUGAUUUCACGAAUAGCUACUAUGCCUCGGUAAAUUUUGCAAAUGCGAUCGGCGGCUUGUAUCGAAAUCAGUUUUCGCAAGACCAAUUGACGUUAAUUCGCGCACAAAUUGAGGCGGCACAUAAGCGUGGUCUCAAGGUUCGCUAUUGGGGAACACCAACCUGGCCCAGAGGGUUGCGCAAUCAUGUGUGGCAUGUAUUAGUUCGUGAAGGCGUGGAUCUCAUCAAUGUGGACGAUUUGACAGGUGCAACAAGACAGGACUGGCGCAAGCAUCGAAGUUGGCUACUUUGAGUAUCUCAUUUGUGAUUAGAAGUUUUCCUGCACAGUAAUUUUUUGAAUUUCCAGCUGGCUUUAAUGUACUGUUUCUUGAACAGUUUUCAGAGUGUCCACGGGAUCAUCGGUGCUAAAAAGCUUGAUGUUGCUUGUUUUUCUUAGACUUCUUGGCGUGCUCCACAGUCAUCUAUAAAACAGUUCUUAGUACGGAGACAUAAUUACGUACGUAUCGACAGGUAAACUAGAUAGUGAAGCCAGUAA